UCCUCUUGAUAUCUGAUGCAAAAGUCCCUUUUCUGGCUCUCUUUUCUAGUCUGGCAUGUCACUCCCGUUCUGUGGCAGAUUUGUUGCAGAAAGCCAUUGGCGAGCAAGAAAAGAGAGCAAGAAAUCAUGGAGGGCUUCAAGUUGAAGAAGAGCAAGAUCCUGAGAAAGAUAUUGAGCAAUGAUAACUUUGAUAGAGAAGAUCAGCAUCAGCACUCAGCAGAGGCAAAGCUGGAAUCUUCAAGGUUGAAUCAAGCAUCUGCUGACUCAAACAGGAGCUUGAGCCAUUACCAUGACACAGAAAUCUUUGUUGGUUCGUGGAAUGUCGGAGGCAUUGCACCACCCAAGAAUUUGGACAUGGAAGAUUGGCUUGACACACAAAAUAAUUCUGCAGAUAUAUACGUGCUUGGAUUCCAAGAAAUUGUGCCUCUUAAUGCGGCAAAUGUAUUAGGCCCUCAAAACAGAAAAGCUUCCUUGAAAUGGAAUUCUCUCAUUGCAGCAACCCUUAACAAGAGAACGCCAAGAAAGCUGGUUCAAGACAAUAAAACAGCAGAACCCCAAAAAAUAUAUCCCAUGAAGGAACCUGUUUGCGCAGAGGAUGAACAUGGACAAGAUUUUCUGUGCAUCACAAGCAAGCAACUGGUGGGAAUGUUCAUGACAGUUUGGGUUCGAAGUGACCUCUAUCAACAUAUCAGGGACCUGAGUGUCUCUUCAGUUGGCUGUGGAAUCAUGGGCUGCAUGGGAAACAAGGGUUCAAUAUCAAUUAGAUUUUGCUUGCAUGAAACAAGCUUCUGCUUUGUGUGUAGUCAUCUAGCCUCUGGAGGGGCAGAAGAAGAUCGACGACAAAGAAACGCUAACGCAGCUGAUAUUUUGUCUCAGACAAGCUUCCCCGCUGGUCUCCAGCAAAAUUUGCCCCAAAAAAUUCUUGAUCAUGAUCGAGUGGUCUGGCUCGGUGACUUGAAUUACAGGAUCUGCCUGCCAGACUCUGCAACACGAUCGUUAGUCAAAAGAAGAGAGUGGACCACCUUGUUGAAAAAUGACCAGCUCAAGAUGGAGCUCACGGAGGGCAAUGUGUUCGAAGGUUGGCAAGAAGGAGCCAUAGAAUUUCCACCCACGUACAAAUACCAUCCAAAUUCAAAAGACUACAUUGGAUGUGAUCAACACCACACGAGCAAAAAGAGGCGUGCCCCAGCAUGGUGUGAUCGAAUUAUAUGGUUUGGACGGGGAAUGAAGCAAACAAAGUACGAUAGGAUCGAGUCCAGACUUUCAGAUCAUAGGCCUGUGCGAGCCAUGUUCACAGCAGACACCAAGGUCGUAGGAACCAGUAGCUAAUUCAACGAGUUUUCAAAGGCGAUUCGUCCAAGAGAUUGAGUUUCUUUCCACUAUACCAUUAUCAAUUGAUGUCUUUAGGUUGUAGAAAGGCAUUCAAGUGAUCGCUCAAUUCUCUGCGAGAUGUGAUUAGCUUUCCAAUUAGAAUAAGCCCUUUUUUUUGGCUGAUUAGAUGACAUAAAAGAAUCCAAAACCAAAAAUUGGCUCGAUGUUAGAAGCCUGGGAACGAGAAGAUUUUGUAGGGAGGUUUCUGUAUUCUUUCUUCACAACAGAAACUACAUAUGAUCAAUGGAAAUUGGGUUCACUGAAGAUUCACACUGCCUUGCGAAUUGCACGUAUUCCUUUUGUAUCAUACAAACUAGAAUUUGAGAUCUCAGGUUUGUGAAGACAAUUAAAGUAUAUAAAUCAGAAUGGUAGUGAGAUA